GUCAGGUUGAGUUGCGGUCAUAUGAUGUGUUGUAGUAACAUAUUAGUUCCGUAUGAGGCGCUGUUACUUUCCCGGCUUCUCAUUUUCCGUUUUUCAGCUCUGAUGCAUUGUUUACGUGGAAGUGAGUUUCGCUCCGUCUUCCGGGUUGUAAGAUCCUUCAGGUUGGCAUUUCGCUUACAGUGAAUCUCAGCUGCGAUGGCCGUGGUUCCUGCUCAAUCUCUCCGGGUUUCGGAUAUCCGAGACCCGACGGUUCUGUUCGAGCGGUACAACACCGAGGAGAUACGCGGCAUCGAGCGGAAUGUCCGCGGAGAGAUCGAGCACAAGAAGGAGGAACUUCGUCAGAUGGUGGGCGAGCGGUACCGCGAUUUGAUCGACGCCGCCGACACCAUCGGAGAGAUGCGUCAGUGUUCGGAGAGCGUAGUUACGUCCAUCCAGGACAUGCACCGCUAUUGCCACAAGCUGAAACAGGGGAAAAGCGUUCCCCAAAGCAACAGCAAAGAAGAGGUCCAGAGGCAGUCCCAGGAGAAGUUCUACACCAUGGCCUCUCAAUCACUGUGCUCCAGAGGCAGUCCCAGGAGAAGUUCUACACCAUGGCCUCUCAAAUCAAUCACUGUCCAGAGGCAGUCCCAGGAGAAGUUCUACACCAUGGCCUCUCAGAUCAAUCACUGUGUCAGAGAGGUCCCAGUCCCAGGAGGAUGGCCUCUCUGUACCUCACACCAGGUCCAGAGGUCCAGAGGCAGUCCCAGGAGAAGUUCUACCAUGGCCUCUCAGAUCAAGCUGCUGCUGGAGAUCCCAGAGGAGGAUCUGGAGUUCCAUGGAGGCCUCUCAGCCACACGGCUCUACCUGCUCUGCUGCCACCUGCACAGACAGCUCCACCUGGAGGCUGGAGGACCACAGUACAGCCCCGUCCUCGCCCGCUUCCCCAUCCUGGUCAGGCAGGUGGCUGCUGCUGGACACUUCAGGUCCACCAUUUUGCUGGACAGUAAGUCAGUCCUGCGUGGUCGGGCGGUGUCUGACCAAGCCAUCGCUGAGGCCCUAGUGUCCACCAUGCUCCUCGAGGACAGCUCUCCACGUCAGGCUCUGGCUGACUUCCUCCUGGCUAGGAAGGCCUCUAUCCAACAGCUACUCAACCAGCCACAGCAUGGUGCUGGUAUUAAGGCCCAGGUGUGUAGCCUGGUAGAGCUGCUGGUGACCACUCUGUACCAGGCCUACGCUGUCUUCUACGUAGCCCCAGAAGGGAGUCCCCGGCUGGGGGACGGAGGGCUGAGCUUCGGCCUCCUCUUCACCACUCUGGAGAACGUCACCUCCACCACACCUACAGGUAAAGGGAGGCGUGUCCUUCAGGAGGAGAUGAGUACAGGAAGCUGGUUCAAGUACCUCCCCUCUUCCAUCGCUGAGUUCCAGCCCGCGCUCAGAACCCUGGCUCAGCCAAUCCAGAGAGAGCAGCUCAGAGACACCCUACAGCAGUGGAUCAACAC